AUGGCGGCAACUCGUACUGACCAACAAAUCUCUCCUGCAUCAUGGUCGUCAUUGCAGCAAUUUACAACGUCUCUGAUCUCAGCGACAAUGUCGGUUUUGCUCAAUUACCUACCCUUCUCCAAGAAGGAAGAGCAACGUUCUUUACCGGAUAUUAUUGAGUCAGAUGACAUCAUUCCAGUGCACUUGUUUGACGACACUGCAGCCGCGCGGGGAAUCGUACUAGUAUGGACUUUGCAGUUCGAAGACAUAUUGAACCCUCAUAAGUUGAACGAUGCUCUUUCAAAUCUCUUCCAAAUGGACGGGUGGCGGAGAUUAGGUGGAAGAUUUCGGCAAAGGCCAGAUGGAGGGCUCGAGAUACACGUUCCGAGAGAAUUCUCAGAAGAACGACCAGCUGUGUAUUUCACCCAAGAAAAAUUUGAAACUCCAAUGUCAGAACAUCCGCUGGCCUCAAGAUUACCCAAACCCACGGGAAGGAUCUCAACUCAUACCGGACCGAAAGAAUUCUGUGCCCUUGGACUUCGCCCCGAAACGCCUCGCAACAUGGACGACUUUGUUCAUUCCGACAUACCUCAAUUCUGUCUCCAUGUCCAGACUUUCACUGACGGGACUCUUGUCAACUUGACGUUUUCUCAUGUGACGACCGACCUGAUGGGGCUGUCUGCCAUAUUCGAGGCUUGGAGCCAGGUCUUGGCUGGGAAGCUAGAAGCUGUUAUCCCCAUGCCAGGAUACCGAAAGGAUGUUUUUGACGACAUGCUCAAGUCCCCACCAAGGGAACGUCAUGUUCUUGCAAAUAAGAUUCUUGAUGGCUGGCGUUUCAAAAUAUGGGGCUUGCGGAGCUUGUACGAAUCGUGGAGAUCCGGCAACAUUCAGUCGCGGACCCUGUGUAUCCCAAAAGAUACAGUUAGCAGGAUGAUGCAGCAAGCUAGAGGUCACCUGGAAGAGGAAACAACAAAUGGAAAACCAUUCAUCAGCGAGGGGGAUGUCUUCGCCGCUCUUUCUUGCCUCAUGCUGGCCAAGUAUCAAGGUCGGGGCACCAGUCGGGAGCUGGCAACCAUCAUGGCCGUCGACCCUCGAAGUCGAGCCCGAUCGGUUUUCUUGCCAGACAAGGCGUACGUGCAGAACUCUCCUACCAAUGCGUUUGUAUUUUGUCGUGCCAGUGAAAUAUUGGACCUGCCUCUGGGGAAACUUGCUCUUCAAGUGCGAGAGGCCAUACAAUCACAAACUACAGAAGAACAGCUCAAAGCAUCAACAGAACUCUCACUAGAGUCUAUGAAGACAAACAAUAUGCCUGUCGUCUUUGGAAGCACGAACAUGGCUGCCCAGUUCAUGUCAAAUUGGACCAAGGGAAAUCUUGCUGAGAAGAUGGACUUUAGCCCAGCGAUAGAACAGGAGGUAAGCCCUGAGACUAGAAAGGGGAAGAGGGGACAUCCUGUGUAUUAUCAAGCUUCUGAUCCCGGGCACAAUACUGUCUCAGCUAUAUCUAGUGUGUUUGUGGUGGUCGGUAAGGACUGUGAAGGGAACACUUGGUUUUCCAACUCGCUACCGCAGGAGAUGUGGACAGACUUGAUGGAAUACCUUGAGCAGCUCAGCCAUGUUGGUAGAGCGUCCAAACUUUGA